AUGAAGGUGUUUGUGGAGCUGAACGAGCUGGUGAUCGACAGGAACCAGGAGCUGCAGUGGAGGGAGACGGCUCGAUGGAUCAAGUUUGAGGAGGAGGUGGAGGAGGAGACGGAGCGCUGGGGGAGGCCUCACGUCGCCUCCCUGUCCUUCCGCUCCCUGCUGGAGCUCCGAAAAACCAUCUCGCACGGGGCGGUGCUCCUGGACCUGAAGCAGAGGACUCUGCCGGGGAUCGCUCAGCAGGUGGUGGAGCAGAUGGUGAUCUCAGACCAGAUCAAAGCUGAAGACCGAGCCAACGUCCUCCGAGCUUUGCUGCUCCGCCACAAACAUCCAUCCAUAGAUCACAGCUUGUUCAGCAAGAACAUCUCUGCAGCCAACAUGGCCGCCCUGAUGGAAAAACACGACGGCCAAUCAGAGCCCUCCAUCAAUCUGACCAAUCACAGAGAGGCUGACGGAGAGAAGAGCAAGAAAGAAGCCCCGCCCAUCCCCAUCAGCCACUCCAGGUCCAGACAUGAAGUGAAGCUGAUGGAGAAGAUCCCCGAGAGAGCCGAGGCCACCGUCGUUCUCGUGGGCAGCGUGGGCUUCCUGGAGCAGCCCUCCAUGGCGUUUGUGCGGCUGCAGGAGGCGGUCCUGCUGGAGUCCGUCUUGGAGGUUCCUGUCCCCGUUAGGUUCCUCUUCCUCCUGCUGGGCCCGCCCACCGCCAGCAUCGACUACCACCAGAUUGGACGCUCCAUCUCCACGCUCAUGUCCGACAAGCACUUCCACGAGGCGGCAUACCAGGCCGACGACCGCCAGGACCUGCUGACGGCCAUCAACCGCUUUUUGGACUGCAGUAUCGUCCUCCCGCCCUCCGACGUCGACGACGACGAGCUGCUGCACUCGGUCGCUCGCUUCCAACGAGAAAUGCUGCGAAAGCGGGAGGAGCAGCAGAGCGGCAGACUGCCGGAGAAACAGAGCGGCACUCAGCAGGAUGAAGACUCCCUCGUUCCCUCCAAACCCGGUGACGAGCCCCUGAGGCGCACCGGCCGUCUUUUCGGAGGUCUGAUCAAAGACGUGAGUCGACGCUACCCUCAGUACCUCAGUGACAUCCGAGACGCUCUUAACCCUCAGUGCAUGGCCGCCGUCAUCUUCAUCUACUUCGCCGCGCUGUCGCCCGCCAUCACCUUCGGAGGGCUGCUAGGUGAGAAGACGGAGGGUCUGAUUGGCGUGUCGGAGCUGAUCGUGGCGACGGCGCUGCAGGGCGUGGUGUUCAGCGUGCUGGGCGCUCAGCCUCUGCUGGUGAUCGGCUUCUCUGGACCGCUGCUGGUGUUCGAGGAGGCGUUCUACACUUUCUGUAAGGAGAACGGCGUGGAGUACCUGACGGGGCGGGUGUGGAUCGGUUUCUGGCUCGUGCUCAUCGUCGUCCUCACCGUGGCCUUCGAGGGAAGCAUCCUGGUUCGCUUCGUCUCCCGUUUCACUCAGGAGAUCUUCUCCUUCCUCAUCUCCCUCAUCUUCAUCUACGAGACCUUCGCCAAGCUCAUCAAGAUCUUUCAGGAGCAUCCUCUCCGAAACUGUUACCAUGGAAACAACACAGCGUCUCCAUCCCCGUGCAACUUCACCGCAGCCGCCGGGAACUCUGGGAAGGUUGUGGGAGAGCCGAACACGGCGCUGCUGUCGUUCGUUCUCAUGAUGGGAACUUAUUUCAUCGCUUUCUACCUGCGAAAGUUCAAGAACAGCUCGUUCUUCCCCGGCAGGCUCCGCAGGAUCAUCGGCGACUUUGGCGUCCCCAUCGCGAUCCUGAUCAUGGUGCUGGUGGACUACAGCGUGGAGGACACGUACACUCAGAAACUGAGCGUGCCCAGUGGGUUCUCGGUGUCCAGCCCGGAGAAGCGCGAUUGGCUGAUUUCUCCUCUGGGGUCAGACGGCGAGUUUCCUCUCUGGAUGAUGGCGGCCAGCAUUCUUCCCGCCAUCCUGGUCUUCAUCCUCAUCUUCAUGGAGUCUCAGAUCACGGCGCUGAUCGUCAGUAAGAAGGAGCGGAUGCUGGUGAAGGGAACUGGUUUUCACGUGGACCUCCUCAUCAUCGUGGUGGUGGGUGGAGUCUCUGCGCUGUUUGGGUUACCGUGGUUAUCGGCCGCCACCGUUCGCUCCGUCACCCACACCAACGCGCUCACCGUCAUGAGCAAAGCCGUCGCCCCGGGAGACAAGCCCCGCAUCCAGGAGGUCAAGGAGCAGAGGGUGACGGGCUUCCUGGUGGCAGUUUUAGUGGGUCUGUCCAUCGUCAUCGGGGACGUCCUGCGUCAGAUCCCUCUGGCGGUGCUGUUUGGGAUCUUCCUCUAUAUGGGCGUCAUGUCUCUGAACGGGAUCCAGCUCACCGAGCGACUCGUCCUGCUGCUGAUGCCUCCGAAGUACCACCCAGACCAAAACUACGUCCGCAAGGUGAGGACAUUAAGGAUGCACCUGUUCACGGUCGUCCAGCUGACCUGCCUGUCUCUCCUGUGGGUCGUCAUGGCGACGGCGGCGGCGCUGGCGUUCCCCUUCAUGCUGCUGCUGACCAUCCCGGUGAGGAUGCUUCUGCUGCCCCGCCUCUUCAGCCGCCGCGAGCUGCAGAGUCUGGACGCUGAUGAUGCGGAGCCUCACCUGGAGGAGAAGGAGGGGCAGGACGAGUACUCACAGCUGCAGAUGCCCGUGUGACCCCGCAGCAGCGUCCUGAUUGGUGGAUCCUCCUCCUUCAUUAGCAUAUAUGUGACAUGUGUCCUGUAGCAGCGCCGGGCGGCGGGCUGCACACGCUUCCUCUGAUGUCAUAGUCGCUGAACGCCGUCCGAAAGCUCGUCUGUCGUCACGUUUCUCAGAUCACUAACUCAUCAUCUCUCUGCUCUCAUUAAACACACUUCAUCUGUAGAAACCACAAUUUUUGUUCAUUUACGUCUUCAUUACACAGGUUACUCUCCAUACAGCACUGAUGCUCAACCCACGGCCCGCGGGACAAAUCUGGCCCCUGACAGGGCCCCCAGUGGCCCCCAAACAUUUUCUAAUGUUCAAUAAAAAUAAAGUGAUUGACCCUGUGAAUUUGUCCUUUUAGUGUUCAGAGGAGAAUAAAAACGCAUCAAAACA